CACCCUGUCUAUAGCCCAGAACAUCACCCUGUCUAUAACUCGUUCAUCGCAUUCUUCCUGGCAAAAAGUAGCAUACUCGUUGCGCCCAAGACCAAAAAGAAUCUCUAAAUUGCAUCCAACUCUUAAUCACCAGUUACUCUCCCAUAUGGCAUCUCUACCCUCGUUUUUCUUCUUAUCUAGGAGUACUUCAUUUUCUUUUUUCAUCCUUUUCUUGUUUUUCCCCAUGCAUGCGCGUAAGUCUAAUGCUCGCAGCUUCAGGGUCAUCACCAAUGCUGCUUCUCUCAAGGAAUUUCUUGAUUGCAAGGUGAAAGAAAUCGAGCUCAGGAAGGAUUCUUUUGAACAAGAAGCAAAUGCAAUUGGACGCCAACAUAGCAUGCCGUCUGGUAGGAUCCCAGACCGCUUUGAUCCAAUAUUUGGUUCAAAGGCGGUGAAGGAAAAAGAUGAGGAUCCAAGAUGGAAAUCAGGAAGAAAGGUUGUUGAGUCUUCUUGUCGCAUGAAUUUCCUCGAGGCAACAAAAACAGAGUGUUUAUGCAGGUUUCAAGAGGGUCAGCAGCUGAGCAAGACAUGACAUUGGAGGCCAUCGGUUCCCAUGACAUUAUAAAGACGGACGACUACCAGCGACAACACCGUGACUCUCCUAUUCACAACAAAUAAUAGGAAUUUCUUUGUUGUUUUCUGCUACGUACUAGUGUUUUGUCAGUUAAAAUAAGAAUGACUAGUUUCUUUCCUUGCUUCUUUUGCUUCUGUUUUGGAGUUCAGUUGGAAGAAAACAAAUGUGUCACUGUAUCCUGUAAAAGCAUGCACAUGCAAUGCAAGUACUAGAGAGAGACGAGAAUAAGUGGUAAUUACUUAUAUGAAGUUGCUUACUUGGCUGGCCUUAA